AUGCGCCUCUUCUUUGCCCUCCACACCUUUUUAAUAGCCGCCUUUUCCACGCAACUGAGGCGCUGCUACAGCGGCGUUAACCCCCCGCAGCACUGCAUAAGCAAGUUGACGCUGUCGAAACUGAGCAACAGUUACCACGUGAAAAAUGACAUGAUAAAUUAUGGCAGAUUUAAAUAUGUGUACACGAUUAAGAAUCACCCCAUCCAGGAUGUAACGACGAGGAUCCUUGAUCACCUGAAAAGGGAGUCUUCCUUUUGGUUAGUUUAUAGCAAGUGCCCGCUGUACCCAAGGAAGUCCUGCUUUGAUGACAUUUUGAUUAAGAACACGAAUGAUACCACGUCUGCGAGGAAUAAUUUUUACUUUUCGGACUCCCUUUUGUACAUCCCCCAGGCGACGUCUCUCUUCCCCCAUGUGUGUCACUUGCUAAGGGGGGAACACCGGGGGAGGCACGUCCCACAUGGUGAAGGCAGCGUUGGAGAAGCAGCGGGGGAGGGCGACGAAAAAACUGUAGAGGAAAGCAAACAAACUGCGGAUGGGAGCGAACAAACGAGGGAGGAACCCCCCCACGGCGCGCCGCCACCCCCGGGCAGAGGCACAGAAAACUUCGUCAUCAUCUCGAACGUCUUCAGAAAAGACAACAUUGACAAGCUGCACUUUCCAUUUUUCAACCAAAUGGAUGUGUAUAUAAAAAUAAAAAACGAGCUGCUUAGGGGAGAGAAGCAGCUUCUUUGCUUUCUGUGCUCACUGAUGGACUCCCUCUUUAGCAAGACACACAAGUGGAGGGUACGGAGAGACUCCUUCGACUUUACCAACCAUUCGUUGCAAGCAGAAGUGUAUCACAACGACAAAUGGGUGGAAAUUUUGGGUUGUGGAAUCUUAAAGAAAAAAAUUCUCUUUCGAAAGUGGAAGCAAUACGAUGUGGGUGAUUACAUAGCUGUAGGGUUAGGGUUAGACCGAAUCGCCAUGAUAAAGUGGCAGGUCACCAGAAUAAGGGACCUAUAUUUGUACAUUACAAACACGGGGGGGAAUACUGUAUAUACAAAAAAAACGAACACAGGGGGUGGGGGAGAAAAAGCCACAGUUGCAAAUGUAAUUCGUCAUGAUGACAUGCCAGGGGGAGAGACAAAUGGAGAUGCAUCCGCUCAAACGGAGGGGCCAUUCGUAAGGGAAGAACCCUCCGGGGAUGAAAACAUCCUAGUAGGUUCCCCCAAGCUGGAGGGAACCCAUUUGAGGAACGCACUACUGAAUGGCUUGGCGAGGAAAAGGGAUCUGAAUCGACCAGAGAGCGACUCCUUUUUGUAUUUUUUAAAUUUGUAUAACAUACGGCACGAGGAGAGAGAUGUGUCCUUCUACGUCAAACCAGAUUGGGACACGGAGCUUUUCACAAAAAGGGUUCUUCAUUUCGCGUCCCUUCUGGGGGGCAGCCCUUUGCUCAGGCGCGUUCUGCUUCUCGACGUGUUCUUCCACGGGGGCUCCGGCCGGACCAGUUACACGUACAAGUUUCUCUACGACGCGCCGGCGACCGUCCAGGAGCAGCACACCUUCAGAGGCCUCGUGAAUGAGCUGCACGCGCGGUUGGUGCGCGAGAUCGUCCGCACGCACGACGUGAUCAUUCGAUGA